UAUUAGUAUUAGGUCCUGUCCAGUGUGAUUGCAAAACAACCCAGUUAGCUGUGAGAAUAAAAAAGGAAAAAAGCUCCUGCCAAGUUUUGUAACGAAAGCCCUGCCCGGUGAGAUCCCUGUUUCUGUGACUCCCUUUUUCCCACUCCCCUGAUUCCUCUCUUUUCCUCUCCUCCCAGCCCCCCUAUAAUACCAGGAAUAGAGAAGGAACUGGGACGCAUCUGGACAGCUGGAAAUGAAACUGGAGAGACACAAGUCAACCACACUAAGAUUUAUGAGGGGUGUGCCUGCCUGACUGGCACAGCAGCAAAGUUAAUCUCUAAGUGUGCACAGAGGGACACGUCUCCUUAACAACAUGCAGCAUUGACAAAAUACUUUCACUCUCCUGGCUUUCACAGCUGUUGUGGACUCCACCUGCACCCAUCUCUGUUUCUAGAUGCUCUGACAUCUCUGAAUACUGACCAGGAGGAAGACACAGACAGGCAGGCCGGCCGGCCAGCAAGAUGGAGGAAUUCUCUACCAGCAACACAGACGGGACAGAGACAUGUGCCAAGGAGAUAGAUCAUGGGACUGUGAGGCCCAGGGGCUCACAUGGGGACCAGCAGAGAGUUAAAGUUCAACUCCAGUCUGAUAACACAGAUGCACCGCCACCACCACCGGAUAAACACUCCAGCAAUGGCUGCCGUGCAAUGGAGUCUCUGGAUGCUGGAUCGAGGCAGAGAGAGUGUGUGACUGUGCCUGCCAGUAAACCUUUGGGUUGCUGCUGUAACGCAAGCUGCAGGAAGGGCCUUGGGCCUUGUGUACUGUGCUGCAGUCAGAUCACAGACGUUUGCAAGGACCCUGACAGUAACACUGCAGUCCAGAGAGCAGGGAUUUCACCUCAGACGUACACAGUUGAUAAAACAGGAUAUGUUACACAGAGCAUUGAAGGUACUGUAGUGCAUCACAACACAGAUGUACGCAGGAGUGUCAUGGAGUUGGAGUCAGAGGAGUUGUCUCCUCUGUGUAAUGCAAUGACACUAUCAGGUGGGGGCAGUAACAAGAACUGGUUUCAGGGCUUGCUCUACCCUGGUACCUCCUUAGGUUAUGAUAGAGGCAAGGAGGCUGUAGGGGGCAAGGAGUCAGGCUCAGAAUCCUCAAUGUCCUCAGUGCCAUCUUCCACAGGAGUCACUACGGGCAGCUUUGCCUUCUGUCUGGUGGAGGAGGUGACAUCAUCAACAGUCACCGACACCAGCUCUGUCCAUAGACUCAGAGAUGUCCACAUCAGCCCAGGGGGCAAAGCCGAAACUAAAAUGUGCUCUACAUUGGCACUCCUUCCCACCAGCCCUUCCAAAAGCCCCACGGCUUUAAAGAUGGCCUCAGACAAUGGGUUAGGAUCUGACUGCGAGACUGAGGAUAACUUUUCAUAUAAUAUGCAAGAGUGUUCGACGGUCCUGGUCUGUAGAUUUUUGAGGGAAAACCAGAGGGCGAAGAAGUCGAUGUGUACAGGAACCAGGGCUAUCAUCAGGACGUUACCCACAGGGAGGAUCGCUGAGGAGGCGUGGAACACUGUCUGCAAAAGGGAGCCCCUCCAGGUGUGGGAUGAGGAUGACCACCACACUUCUGGGGGAUACAGUGGACACAGUUCAACCUCUCAGAGUCUACAUCUGCAAGUGUGUAAACUUCUCCUUGGAAAAACAGGAGACUUGUUUUUUGAGGCAUGCCAUACCCUGAGUUCUGAUGUAAGGGUGGCCAGUUCAGGAGCUCUACUCCUGUCUUCCAGGAAGCUGCUGUCUGCAGAGAAGAGGGCCACAUUGCCAUGGCCGGAAGGAGGAGGGGCGUGUAGCUACCGAGCAACUCUACAGAGGACUGACAUUUCUGCCUACAUCUCAGGGACCCUUCUGGAAGUGGUUCUGUCCAUCGGCAACACGGGCGUCAAUGACUUCUCUCCUCCCUGUAUCACCACAAGUCCCUUGGGCUGGGCUGUCCUGAAAGAGCGUCAACUGCACUCCCCCAUGGUGGGAUCCAGCGUGGUGCCGGCGGCUCCACUGACGGAGGUCAACAAGGAGCUGUCUGACCUCCAACCCCUGGUCAGUUUCCCGGAGGAGAUGGCCUACAUUCUCAUGGAUCAGGAGCUGCAGCUCUACAGCCGGAUCCUACCCCAGGACUACCUCUGCUUCCUCACCCUCGACCUGGGGGGCCCUGGCCAGCCACAGCCCCAGGGGCAGACACACCAACCUGUACAACCCCAUCUUAUGGCUGGCUGCAGUCGGCCCCACAACGCAGUAAAGGACCUGGUCACAAGGUUCAAUGAGGUGAGCUCCUGGGUGACCUGGAUGAUUCUGACAGCAGGUUCUAUGGAGGAGAAGAGAGAGGUGUUCUCAUGUCUGGUCCACGUGGCCAGGUGCUGUUGGAACAUGGGAAACUACAACACUGUCAUGGAGUUCCUGGCUGGACUCAGGUCUCGCAAGGUGCUAAAGAUGUGGCAGUUCAUGGAGCAGUCGAACAUCGAGACCAUGUGUGCCCUGAAGGAUGCCAUGGCGCACCACGGGACGUCUGCAGAGUACAGGAAGGUGGUCUCGCGUGCUCUCCACACCCCGGGCUGCAGGGUGGUGCCCUUCUCUGGGGUCUUUCUGAGAGAGCUAGGGGAGGCCCUGGAUGGAGCAGCUAGCCUGAUCAACCUCAGACCACGCCUCAGCUCACAGGACUCUGUGGAGUUUGUCUCUGACUACAACGGACAGGACAACUUCCUGCAACGGGCGGGGCCAGAUGGGCUCAACCAAGCAGAGAAGGAAGCAACCAUCAACAACAUCCUCCAGACCAUCCGUAGCUGCAACCGCAGUAUGGAGUCUGAGGAUUGGGAGGAGUCUGGAGGGUCUGGUGACGGGAGCAUCACUGGCUCACGUAAAAACUCCUUCAAGGAUGGCAACCACAACCAGUUCACCAUGGGCGAUCUCUCUGAGUCUGCGGGUGACCUAUCUGACCUAUCACAGGGCAAAGACCCAGACUUCCAGGGUAUGGGUGAGAGGACUCAGAAGGCCUUUGCCCACGGUACAGAGCUCAUGCCCUGGUACGUCCUCUCCCUCCACCCCCACGUACACCACUUCCUCCAGCAGGGCGCUACUGUGAUCCACUAUGACCAGGACUCCCACCUCACCGCCCGCUGCCUGCUCCGACUCCAACCCGACAAUUGUAUCCUCACCUGGGCCAAGCUCCAGAGUGAGGGCCUCCCUGGUUCUAGCCCCGGCCCUGACUCCUCAAUGCUCCGGAGCCCCACUGGGUCAGGGUACUGUGGGAAGCUAAUACUGAACAGCCUGGCGGAUGGAUUCCUGGAUCUCUCCGUGGCGAAAGCUGUCUUCAUGGGCCAUCCUGGGGCUGACAUUCAGGCGGUAUGCCUGCAGAACAAGCUCUCAUUUGGACUGAGCCUGGAGGAGUGUGGGGUGACUCUGCUCUAUGGGCUCCAUACAACAGACAACAGGUUAUUACACUUUGUGGCCCCGAGAAACACAGCUAGGAUGGUGUACGCUGGGCUGGAGUCCCUGUUAGCUGUUCACAGGAGAAUGAGGAGGUUCCCUGACCAAAGGUUGCAGUGGCUCCGGAGGAAGUACGUCAACCUCUAUCAGGAGGAUGGCAGGUACGAGGGUCCAACUCUAGCCCAGGCCAUCGAGCUGUUUGGGGGCAGGAGAUGGAGUGUGGGUGCUGGUAGCAUGGAGAAGUCUGGAGCUCUGAAGAACAACCAUCUCACUGUGACCAAUCAGAAGACGGUUAACUCCAAUAAAAUUAAAAAGAAGGUUGGGACCAGGGGGGACAGUGGGGAUGCCACAGACGAUGAGAUGGUGUCACAGAAGGUGACGAGUGGUUGGGAUAUCCUAGGGCGGAAUGCACCGGACCUGACAGACAACAUGGACCAAGACCAGGAAGACAGCAGCUCCUAUGGUUUCCCUGAGCCUCUCUCCUCCUCUUCCAUGGCCAUUAGCACCUCUUCCUCCUCCAUCUCCAAGAUAAAGCAAAGCAGUCUGGAAGUUGACAUUAUCUACAAUUGGGUGAAUUGGGGCCUCCAACUUUUUGUUUCCAUGUUGGUGUGUAGUAUCCGGAGUCGUAAGGACCUGAAGAAUUUGUUUGAUGCCCAUGCUGUGUCCUGUGGUCAGUCUGCCUCUGAACCUGCUCCUCUCUACACUCACCUCCGCAUCGACGACAGAGUCACAGGAAUACAGCCAGAUCUGGACCUUCUGACACGUAAUGGCCUGGACUUUGGUCUUUCCAUCUGGAUCAUGAGACACAUGUCAGACAAUCAGAAGCAUAUUUCAGACGCCAUAGCUGCAGCCAGCAUCGUGACCAAUGGUACUGGCGUGGAGAGUGCCUCGCUGGGAGCUCUGGGCAUGACCAUCAUGCACCUCAACGACUUCCUGGUCAACUGUCAGGGAGAGAACCACUCACAUGAUGAAGUCCUAAGAAUCAUCCAGACAUUUGAACCAUCUACCACUUUGCAUCAGAUUGGCUGGAUGUCCUUUGAGGGAUUUGCCCGGUAUCUGAUGGACAAGGACAACUCUGCUUCCAAACUGGAAGAGUCUCCGCUGAAUGUUGAAGAACUCCAUUACCCUCUGUCUUACCCUCUGUCUUACUACUACAUCGCUACAUCACACAACCUGACCUCCCACCAACUCAAGGGAGAGUCGUCUGUGGAGCUGUACAGCCAGGUGCUCCUCCAGGGAUGUAGGAGUGUUGAACUGGACUGUUGGGAUGGAGAUGAUGGCAUGCCAAUCAUCUACCAUGGACACACCCUCACUACCCGCAUACCCUUCAAGGAUGUGGUGGAGGCAGUGAACCGCUCUGCCUUCGUGACCUCUGACCUACCUGUGAUGCUGUCCAUAGAGAAUCACUGCUCCCUGCCGCAGCAACGCAAGAUGGCCGACAUAUUCAAGACGGUGUUUGGGGAUAAGCUGGUGACAAAGUUCCUGUUCGAAAGUGAUUUCCUGGGCGACCCACAGCUGCCUUCACCAUGGCAACUGAGGGGGAAAAUCCUCCUCAAGAACAAGAAGCUAAAAGCUCACCAGACGCCAGUGGACAUCCUCAAACAGAAGGCUCACCAGUUGGCCCAGAUGCAUUCUCAGGCCAGUAGUGUGAUGCCUCCUCCCUACCCAAUCAUUGACGAUCAAGAGGAAGAAGAGGAUGAGGAUGAAUACGACUAUGAGUAUGAAUCCCUAUCUGAUGCUGACGCCCUGGCUUUAUCUACUGCUUCUUCUCUCCCAGAAGAUAAUAUCCUGGAGGAUAGGCCUGAGGGAAAGUAUCUUCCACGGGAGAAGUUACAGACCAAACACAGUGACGAAGUCCCCAAGAAGAUGAAGAAAUGCGAGAGAGCUACUCACAACAAAGCAGAAACACAUGUAUUUGGCAAGGAGCUGGAGGAAGAGUUCAAGCUGCCUCGAAGCAAGAAGGAAGGACGCCAGAUAGCCCUGGAGCUCUCAGAUCUGGUGAUCUACUGCCAAGCUGUCAAAUUCCCAGGUCUAUCCACUUCCAGGGAGAGAAAAGAGAGACAGGAAGUUCUUUCUCCUAAAGGAAAGGGAAGGAGGUACAUCUUUGGGAAAGAUCCAGAGAAAGGUGUUCCAGGGGACCCAUCGACAGUGAUGCGCACCCCAGGGAGAGGAGCAGCAUCAGAGGGCCCCCGUUCCAACUGGGAAGAACCACCCACCUCCCCUCUGUACACCUGUAAUGCCUCCCUCAGCUCCCUCAUCCACACCCCAAAGUGCUACCAUGUCUCCUCAGUCAAUGAGAACGCCGCAAAACGCCUGUGUCGCCGCUACGCCCAGAAGCUGAUCCAACACACCAGCGCCCAGCUCCUGCGGACCUACCCAGCAGCCACACGUAUCGACUCCACCAACCCUAGUCCCCUACUCUUCUGGCUGCAUGGAAUACAGCUGGUCGCUCUCAACUACCAGACCGAUGACCUUCCCUUGCAACUGAAUGCCGCCAUGUUUGAGCCUAACAGGGGUUGUGGGUACGUCCUGAAGCCCCCGGUCCUGUGGGACCCCAGCUGCCCACUCUACGGACACUUCUGCCCCCUGGACAGAGACCCAAGGGGGAUGAGCCCCGUCCUGUUGUCUCUCACUAUUAUCUCUGGUCAGAAUCUAUGCCCAGGGACUACAGCAGGCAGUCCAUGCAUCGAGGUAGACAUCCUGGGGAUGCAGGCUGACGGGUGUCACUUCCGCACCAAACCCGUUCACCGUAACCCCCUGAACCCCAUAUGGAACCAGAGCUUCCACCUCCCCCUGCUCAUGGCUGACCUGGCCUUCCUACGGUUUACUGUGGUGGAACACAACAGCUCCCAGACCACCGCUCAGAGAAUCAUAUCACUCAGAGCACUCAGGACAGGAUACAGGCACGUGCAGCUGAGGAAUCAGCACAACGAGGUCCUGCCAGUCUCCAGUCUGUUCAUCUACAGCCGUACAUCUGAAGACAGCGGAAAAGCAGGUUCACGGCCUGCAUCAUGGCUCUUCAGCACAGAGGAGCGUAGGGCUGCUGUGCAGUACAGAGUCACCGUCCAUGGAGUCCCUGGGCCUGAGCCUUUUACGGUGGUGGGUGUGAGGGAGAGGACCACUGCCAGAGAGCUCCUACACAAUAUCCUUCCAUCCCUCUCCUCAUCUACUCUAGUCUCCCUCCCUUCUUACUUCCUGAUGGAAGAGAGGGUGACAUUGCCCCGUCAGAGGGGGGAGGCUCAGGGUGAGGUUCGGGGUGAGAGGGGGGAGGUUCGGAGGCCUCUCCUGCAGAGGACGAUCAGGCCUGAGGAAGAGAUACUCAGGGUUGUUGAGAGCUGGAACCCUGACGAAGGCUACCUGGGCAGAGUAUGCCUCAAAACGAGAGAAAAGCUUGUGAAUGAUGAGAAGCCAGUUAUAGAGGAGAUGGAGGUCAGCUGUGGACUGGAGGACGAUUCCUUUCUGGUGGAAGUACAUGGAGUGUCUCCUGACCAAUCACCAGUGACCCUCAGAGCUCCCAGACACAUCACAGGCAAUGACCUCAUCCGACAGACACUGAGGAAAGCCAGACAGUCCAGCCUCCUGCUGUCAGCGGGCAACACCAGUGACUACAUUCUGAUAGAGGAGGUAGUCAAGGAGCCCCUGGGGCGCAGGUUCCCUGCCAGACCCACCCAGAGGAUCCUCCUGGACCAGGAAUGUGUAUUCCAGGCCCAGGGGAGGUGGAGGGGACAGGGGAAGUUCAUCCUCAGGCUCAGGGAGCAGGCUCAGGGAAAAGAGACAGCUCAGCAUGAAGACUGUGUCAGACCUGUUCGCGAGGAUCGGCGGAAAGGAAUAUCGUUGGCGAGUGAGUUGAAACGACUGACAGGCCGGAGCCGGGCCAUAUGGAUCGGGGCUCACGCCUGCUCUGAGGUGGUGCACAGCAAUGAUGAGAGGGCUGUGUGCUGUCUGCAUCGGAGUGAGACCAGAGAGUGACAUAUCCAAGAUGGGCUGACACUGGGAAGAUGUGGAAUUGGAGCCGUGCAACUCCUAGGUGUCUGAUGUGAUUUGGACCAGGCAAUAAGCCUAAUCUACAUCUACCUAGAGCUGGAAAUUGCACCUUAUCGGCAUGUGCAUUUAUUGAAGCCUUGCAUUAGUUCCCCAAGCAAAUGCCUAACGAAAAUGGGGAGAAUCUCAAUUGGAUUUCCUUGCCUCCUUUUCGAAAUAAAUGCACUUGUCAUCAGGCAAAUUACAUUUACAGAGGUGGAAUCACAUUGUCUGUUAAAAACAGUAAGAUAAAUACACAUGUAGCUAGAGUCCAUUCCAUUCUCCUUUUUUCUGUCCUUGUGGCACGCAGAAGACCCAGGUUCGAAUCCAGUCGGAGAUGAAAGACGAACACACUGACUGUAAGACAGACCAGCAGAUGGUGAUAUUGUGGCAAGUUUGAAGUGGCUGGAGGAAAUGUGAAGAAUCUCAAUUAGAUUUCCUCGCGUCCUCUCCUCGCCUCCUUUGAGUCGAGGAGAUGAAAACAGGAAAUAAAUGUGCUUGUCAUCAGGCAAAUUAUGUUUAGAGGUGGAAUCCCAAAAUACAUGUUUAAAGUGGUUUACAAAUUCUAGUUAUGCUAGACAUUUUAUAGAUAAAAGGUUAAAUAAGUAGAGUAUCAUUUUUAAAUGUGUACAUGCUUUUCCCCUCUGAGAAAAUAGUUGUUUCAAAGGAGGUGUGGCUGAUUUCAAAACACCUCAGCGGUAGGAUACACCCGAGCAUCCUUUGCCGGAGGUGGCCGUCGAGGAGAGGAGCCAAACUCCUUCGUUGACCUAUUAACAAAUUAAACGCUCCUACAUAUGCCAAACCCUUACUGGAUUCCAGGUCACGGAGGAGAGGAAGGACUAUUCCCAAUUGAGAAUCUCCCAUGGUCAGAUUCAAAUAAUCAGACAGACAAUUUCACCCAUCAUCCCUCAAAACUAAUUUCUACAUUAACUCCAAACAUGUUUUAAUAUUUUUCUCUAUUUUACAUUACUGCUGGUGUACAAUACUGCAAUAUUACUGUCAUAUUAGUAUAUUAAACAUUCCCAGUGC